GUCAAACAUUAUCAUGUUCGUCGUAAAUAGUUGAUUACUUUAUAUUUAAUAAGUAAUAAAAGAGAUUUAAUGUCUCAUAUUUUGUAUGAACCGUGUAAAUUCCAGUGCAUUGUUAAAGUUAUGAUGCAAACACUGAUAGCGAAGCUCCCAAAUAAAAUUGAUAAGGAAUGAACGACCGCCCAGGAAAUCAGAUAACGUAAAUUAAACAAAUGCAUUUUAUACCCAAGAGAAAUCACUAUAAUAAGGUACGGUUCCAUAUCGAUGAAUUGUUUAUAAAAUUUCUCCGUGUGCUUUUACGUACGAAUAGAAUUCACUACAAGCAAGUCGACCCCUACGCCCGAGCUAACUGAAAAACCGCACAUGCGCAAACAGUAGUGACUACCUUACACAAAACAAGAACUGACGUGGCGCGUGUUCAGUGCAUUGAAAAUACUCAUAAAUAAUCAUCAUGAAAAUAAUAAAGAACCACAAAUCAAUGUAAGCUUUGAACUUUUAAAAGCAUCGCAUUGUACGCGAAUAACAUCACGCACGCGCGAGCCGCUGUCAAAACAAACCAUCACGUAUUGCGAUGUAAACAUGAACGAGCGUAAGAUAUUACUCUUUAUACUCUCUGUAAUUUUUUAUUGCCUAUACAGUGUUCACAUGUGGUUUAUGACAAACGAUGUGACUGAGGAGAAACCACCGGAGCCCGACACGAUCGCUGAAAAACAUCCAGAAUUAAAACCAAACAUUUCACGCGUGAAAUACGUGGUGAAGACCAAAGUGAUACCUUUAUAUCUGAAAGACGCCUGUAGCGCUUUGGAAAUAUUCACACAAAAACCGCAUAGUUAUAAAAUGAAACGCGAUAAUAUGGAGGUCGAAAACAAUGCUGUCACAGUGAUCGGUAUAACAGUUUUUCUAGUCAUACUAUUGUUGAACGCCUUACUUGACGUUCUUAAAGUGAAAGAAGAAGAGAGAGCAAGAAGAAAGCUGAAUCCUAAUGGAGAGAGAAGACAAUCCUUAGCAGAGUUUGCGAAUAAGAAAACAUUGCGACGAGAGUCAAGCAAAUUUGGUCUACAGCUGUUUCAAAUCGCAGAAUCUGUGGUGACCUCGAGCGAAGAGAAUAUGAGCCGCCGCGAAAUUAAGCCCUAUACAAGAGGAGAUUCAAUUAAUUCCUAUCUGAGCGAAAAGACAACUAAACAUGAGAAUUCAGCACCGGCUUCUAUCGGCGAAAUAUCGGAACCGAGAUCUGCAAAGAGGCAAUCGAUUGCCAAGUUAUUUGGAGGUCGACCAGCCCCGAUGGUACGUCGCUCAUCGUACCCAGCCUUACCUCUAAACCCUGAGAUCCAAGCUUUGAUGAUGGGCAGCAAGCAAUCAUCGUUCGACAGCGAUGACGAAGAUGGGAAGGGGCGACGUGUCAGGAUCAUACGUAGAUUUUAAUUAGUUUUCUUCUAAUAAUUUACGCUAUUAUUAACACAAGGUGACUCGCGAGCAACGAUCCGCUAAUUCACACACAUUUCUGAACGCUUAAUUUACUUGAUGAUAUAAAGAAAGCAAAUAUUCUUUCGAACUCGAAGACAAAAAUACACGAAUCUUCGCUCUGCAGUGCUAUUCUGUAAAACUUCAUUUCGUAUCUCACUUGUGAAAUGCUGAAAACUAGCUCAUAUUGCUAUUAUGAUUCGUGUCUUCUUUGAAUAUUAUAAUUAUUAUAGACAAAGUCGCUUAUAACGUUCUGAGAUUUCUACAUCGUUUUCUGCGGUGAGUUUCGAGUUUAUUCUUACAGAGAGCUCAACUGAAUUAUUUCAAUCUAAAAUUAGAUAUUUUAAUUUUAGAUUCAACCCACUUUGUUAGAAUAUGUUAAGCUGUUAAUUAUAAUUUAGAAUUCGUAUAUCCUAUUUUAUUUUAGUCAAAGCGACAUACUGUUAAAUGUCGACUAUGGAGGCUGGAAACAUUUUUAAUCUAGAUAGACAAAAACAUUGCUGACAAUUAAUACAUAUUUUAUGCAAAAAGACUUUAAUACCUACUUGGUAUUUUGAAAUUAAAUUUUCCAAUUUAAAAUAUAUCUUUAAUUAUAACAAAACGUUUUCUAUGACAACGUUUUUAUUAGUUAUUAAACACAUAACAUAAUAGUUAUUAAACUUAAUACAAUAUGUAUUGAUCUAUCACAUUUUGACAAUAAAAUAUUCAAAUAAAAUAAAAAUUUCAUAUACUACACGCAAUAGAGAUAAUAAUACUAUUCAUACUUAAUCUUUCAAUGCACUUUAAGAUUUAAUUAGCAUUUAUAUUAAAAAGUGAAUGUAAGAGCACUCAUUUUAAUUUAAAACAAAACGUGCCUAAUGCAACCAGUCAACGCAUCAACGUGUAUUAUCUAUUAUUACACGCCCAGAUGUUAAAUAUAAGUAUUAUAUUUAAUAACGCACUAGGCUCGGAUUACAACCGGACAAUUCAACUAGAUUUUCGAUUUUUAUCCGGAAUAAACCGGAUCACGCUCGGGUUUAUCCGAGUCUCUGGAAUGAUUUUCUUGACACAAGUGGAUGGUGGUGAAAUGACUUUCGAGCCAGACCAGUUUCAUUACGACAGACUCACAGCUAGACGAACACGCAUGUUUUUAUAUUUUAUUUGCCAAAUAAUUUUUUUGAUAUUGUAUCAUUCGCAAAAUGUAUCUGAAAAGAAGUAAUGUACUUUUUGGGUUGGAUUGGUGGUGGUGGUGAAUGCACGUCUUGAUAAGCAAUUUGAAGGGAAGGAUGAAUCCAGUAUUUUCUUUCAGCAGCGUCAUCAUCUUUUCUUUUUUUAUGAACGGAACAACUACACUAAAAAUAUCUCUAAAGAGAUCUUUCAUCUAUCGCAACUCGAACUACCUGACUAAUAAAAUUUAUUUCCGGAUUGUAACUACGCGUGUAGUCUAUCGGCAUGACGAGCGCAACAAAGUCUAUUUUUUCCGGAUCCGGAGACUCAGGAAACUUGUACUCCGAGCCUUGAAUAUAAUAUCAAAAUUAUCUUAUAAAUAAAAUAUUAUUGUACGAUUAAAUUUAUAUGUAUCAUUGGCUAAGCCAGAGUUAUUCUAAGGUAAUAUUAUAAUCGGCGAUUGUUUUGUUUCGAUAAAAUUUAAAUAGAUUUUAAUCGUGUCUGAAACUCUGAGCCUUGUAUAAAAUAUUCUUACGUCAAUAUUUAUAUUCAAUAAUAAUGAACAUAUUCUAUAUAUGUAUAUGAUCCUUACCCCGCUUUUGUUUAAGCUGGUUUUAAGGAGCGAGAAACGUGGACCAGAAAUAAUAUUUGACUAAUCUUGAACGAUUAAGUGUAUGUAAUAAGUAUACAUAUCUGUGGUCAUUGGAAUGAAUUUUGUAUUGUUAUCAUAUUAACAUUUUCAUAUUCUUGUAUUAAAGUGCAAAUCCUUGUGACAAUUUAUAAUAUUAAUAUACGUAAUUAAAUAUAAUUUGUAAGAAUUAAUCUAUCUAGUCAAAUGACCUCUUAAUAAUGCAUUUUUAAGAUUAAAUACUAUAAUAAUCUUUCUAUAAUGUUACUUCUAAUACCAUCAUCCUCCUGCCCUUAUCCCAAUUUUACAUGGAGUCGGCGCAGCAUGUCUUCAUCUUCCAUACUUCUCUGAC